AUGGAGACACGAGGAGGUGCGGCUGAAUAUGUGCUGGAGCGACUGGAUGUGACCUUUGCUGAUUUCUGGGCCAAAUUGGAGGCUCUUAUUGAAGCGACACCAAAUGAAUCUCCUCUGAACCCAGAGAGUCACUCUAUACGCCUGCUGAAAGGCAAGCGGGUCCUGGGGGUCAUCCUACUACACGAAGCGGCAAGCAUAUACACAACCACCCCCCCCUCCCGCACAGCUAACAAAGCGAGAAAGCGCAAGAAGCCACAGCGGCAGGCAACGCUCAUCUGA